AUGCCAGAAGCUGACAACACCCGCAAGCGCUCCCGCUCCCCUUCCGACGUGCUCAAUGACCAGCAGAAGCAGUACAAGCGUGCCAACACAGGCGCUACCUCCGCCUCCGAUGACUCACAGCUCAUCCGUGGCUCCGCUCGCUCGACCGCCCUUUCAGGCGAUGUCGACAUGAAGCAUGUCCCCGCCGACACCGCCGCCUCUACGCCCUCGCCCACUCAACCAUCCGACAGGGCCGCGUCCGAGAUGGCCUCCGGCGAUGUCAAGCGCGAGGACAGUAGCUCGGCCACCACAUCCGCAGGCCCCAACAACUCAUCCUCGCCUUCCUCCCCGCCCGCGGCCAACAUCCACAUGCGAUGCCUGAUCGUUACUCAGGACGCCUCGAUCAUCAUUGGCAAGGCCGGAUCGCACGUGAAUGAGAUCCGAGAGAAGAGCGGGGCAAGGGUUAUGGUCUCGGAGAGCAUCCCUGGCAACCCAGAGCGCAUCCUCAACGUCAGCGGUGCGCUGGACGCAGUAUCAAAGGCGUUUGGGUUGAUUGUCCGAAGAAUCAACGACGAGCCGUUUGACAAACCCUCUGUCCCUGGCAGUCGGGCGGUCACCAUCAAGUUUAUGAUUCCCAACUCACGCAUGGGGUCAGUCAUUGGCAAGGGCGGAACGAAGAUCAAGGAGAUCCAGGAUGCAAGUGGAGCACGUCUCAACGCCAGCGAAGGGAUGCUGCCUGGUUCAACAGAGCGGGUACUCAGUGUCUCAGGUGUCGCCGACGCCAUCCACAUCGCGACUUACUACAUAGGCAACAUCCUCAUUGAGGCGAACGAGCGCAUGCCCUCGUCCAACAACUCGUCCUACAGGCCGUCGAGUUACUCGCGACGGCCGCCGCCGUCGCACCAGGGCUCGUCAUACGUGCCUGGCUACUCAAACCCAUACGCGGGCGGCUCGCACAGCGCGCCACAGCAGCUGCAGACGCAGCAGAUCUACAUCCCGAACGACCUCGUCGGGUGCAUCAUUGGCAAGGGCGGCGCGAAAAUCAACGAGAUCCGGCAUAUGAGUGCGAGCCAGAUCAAAAUCAUGGAGCCGGGAGCGGUUGGUGUGGGGAUGAACGGCGCACCUGCGCCUGCGGGCGGAGAGGGCGAGCGGUUGGUCGUCAUCACGGGCCAGCCGGCGAACAUACAGAUGGCGGUGCAGUUGCUAUACCACCGACUGGAGCAGGAGAAGCAGAAACAGCUCCGAGCCCAGCAAUCGCAGGGCUCAAGCGCCUAA